UAAUUUAUAUAUUCUUACUUGGACAGUGGACUUUAUAAGUAGGAAUUGCAAUUCGAAUAGGUUAGGUACCCCCAUAACCAUAUCCUCACUCAAAAAGGCAAUGAAUCUAAAACGCUGUCGUUUCAUAUAAAGACAAGUAAAACGACAUCGUACCAUUACUCCGAGAAAUUCUCACCGAACGACAAGAGUACGAAGCGAAACAAAAUACUCGUAGAUUGGAGUUUCCUUGUUAAUCCAAACUUCGUAGGAAAAAAACUAAAACAGUUUUCCUUUUUCCAAGAAAAUACCCUUUCUACUUCUCCCUUUAAAUAGUUAACAAUUGUUCAUAAUUAUCUUUCUUGUUUACUCAAAGCGCCAAUAUUUUUUUUGUAAAUUGAUCGCAACCCCUUCAAUAAUUCAUUGAUUUUCUUCUCUUUUGGUGGAGAUCAAAGUUUGAGUCUUUAUCAUGGCUAAAAAUUCGUUCAAGCUUGAACACCCUUUGGAGAGGAGGCAGUCAGAAUCUUCUCGCAUCCGAGAGAAGUAUCCUGAUCGAAUUCCGGUGAUUGUUGAGAAGGCAGAGAAGAGUGAUGUUCCUGAUAUCGAUAAGAAGAAAUACCUUGUCCCAGCUGAUUUGACUGUUGGCCAGUUUGUUUAUGUGGUGAGGAAGAGGAUCAAGCUCGGUGCUGAGAAGGCCAUCUUUGUGUUUGUGAAGAACACUUUGCCUCCAACAGCUGCUCUGAUGUCUGCAAUCUAUGAGGAAAAUAAGGAUGAAGAUGGAUUUCUCUACAUGACAUACAGUGGCGAAAAUACAUUUGGGUUCGUUGAGCUUGGAAAUUAAUCUCAAUUGGUCUCGUCAUGGACAGCUAACUGUAGUCCUCGGUUUGCAUUGGACAUAUAAAAUCAAACUUAUUGUCCUCUUUGGAAUAACCUGUUUUAUGUACAGAUGACAACUCUUGAUCUCUUAACCCGAGUGCCUUUCAUUUAAGUUGAUCUUUCUGGAGUUGUUUACUUUUGUUUAUGAAUCCAACCACAAUUACUGCAUCAUUUGACUCUUCUGUAAUCUUUAGUACUUACUGUUUGUUGGAAGAAAAGCCUAUAGCUUAAGCAUGGUGUUUGCCAGACCUUAUGGCGAAGAUCAUAUCUUGCUAGCAAUAAACUAUCAUUAGCUGA